UGCUGACGAUGUGAUGCCUCUCAGCCUGACAGAUCACCACCCGCUCCAUCGGGAUUCAGUCUAUCCACAUCUAACUCGAGAAUUCAUUCAGAAGAUUAAUGGGUUCUGGAAGUGCAUUCGACACAUUCGAUGUUGCCCCGACCAGAAAAGGAAGUGCAUGGACUGUGCGAAAGGCUAUUUAGCCCGCCUACACCGUACGGUUCUCCUUUACUUAUCCUGAGAGGAUGUUGUUUUCACUAUUCUUGCCUCCCCCCUUCCCGCCGUCUCAGCUUAAGGUCAGCUGGAUCAGCAUUGCGCGGGUGCCAUCCGCAGAUGGAAGACUCAGGUACGCGACAGGACGACUCAACUUUCUUCUUUUCAGGUCAUCGUCGUUCGCCACCGCGAUUGGCUUUGUUGUUUUUACGUAGUACUCGGUUUCAGAUAUGCCCAGUGUGGCUGCUCAAGUAUGUGUCUUGUGUGUUCGCGCAUGAAGGGCACCACGAUACCCCUCCCUUCAACCUGGACAUACUGUACAGUAAGUACAUACACACUACCUUAAGAAAGCAACGAAGAAGUUCGGCGCGACCCAGCUGGGCCCUAAUUCAGACUGCAUGACUGCAUCAUCAUCAUCAUCAUCAAACACUAUUGUUUCUGUUUUUGGUAAUUCUGCAACCAAGCCAGAGAUGCAUCGACCUAGCAUCGCCCGCCGACCUAGUCUGGUCCCAUCUGCAGCCGUGGCAUGGGCGAACAGGGCCUUCCUUUUAUGGGCUUGUACCGAGUGAGUUUAGUGAGUGGUUUAGUCUCGGAGCGACAGUU